GCAGGAUGUUCAUCACCUACCCCCAGACCAAGACCUACUUCCCCCACUUCGACCUGCACCACGGCUCCGACCAGAUCCGCGGACAUGGCAAGAAGGUGGUGACCGCCUUGGGCAAUGCCGUCAAGAGCCUGGACAACCUCAGCCAGGCCCUGUCUGAGCUCAGCAGCCUGCAUGCCUACAACCUGCGCGUCGACCCCGUCAACUUCAAGCUGCUGUCACAGUGCUUCCAGGUGGUGCUGGCCGUGCACCUGGGCAACGACUACACCCCUGAAGUGCACGCUGCGUUCGACAAGUUCCUGUCAGCCGUGGCCGCCGUGCUGGCCGAGAAGUACAGAUGAGCCAUUGCCCACACCUGGGUGCCAUCAAUAAAGACACCUUUGCCGCA